AUGUCGGGGAGGCAUGGAGGGGUGUGGAUGGUUGCAUGGCUGCUGCUGCUGCUUGUGGCGGCGGAGGAGGCGGAGGAGGGAGGGGAGAGGCAGGGACGCGUGGACAAGCUCCUGUGGAGAAGUGCGAGGCCGGAGAAGAUGUGGAGAAUUCAUAGCCAGAUUUAUCAUGAGAUGGAGGCGCUGGCUGAGAAUCCCACAGAUGUACAGCUGUACUCUAGGAUUGAGGUCGUGUGCAAGAACAACGAAGAACCCAACAGCAGAUGGCUGAACAUGUGGAACAGCGGCGUGUGGGAUCCGAUGCUGGAGCAGGGUUAUGCGUUGCCCGUUCUACCGUUCUACGCACUGGUCUUCCCCUUCAACAUGUCACAGGUCUUCAAGUCUUGUGUUGGAUGGGCAGAGAAGUUCGGCACCUACACUUCUCGUGAGGGGCUGCCGAAGCCCUUUGUUAACGUUUUCUGGAAGGAAUUCAGGGAGACUGGAGGUGUUUGCUCCUCCCACAACCCGCCAUGCAUAACUGCUGUCCCAGUCAUCAAGAUCGGAUACAUUUCAUCUGACAUCUACCGCAUUCACCCUGUUGGGAAGAGUAUCAAUGCUGUGCUGCGAAUGCACGACCGAAGACAGUUCGAGGUCUACGCUUUCCUUCUCAUCCCAGUCCAGAUCGAACAUGCGGAGAUGCUGGAAAGUGGAACAGGAGGAGUUCUGCUGAGCGACAUCAGCAUCUUGUCCUCUGCAGAAGGAGCAAGCACUAUUAACGAUGAAGGGAUUCACAUCCUCAUCGACCUUAACGGGCAUACUUCCGGUGUUAGAAUGGAAGUCUUCGCGUAUGCCCCGACGCCUAUUGUAAUGCACUACAUGGGGUUUGGAGCAACGACAGGUGCAAGAUACAUCCACUACUUCCUUGCAGACACUGCAGUCUCAACACCCGAGCUGUCAGUCUACUACACCGAGAAAAUGGCCUACCUACCAGCGACCUUCUAUGCCAACAGCUACCGCUAUGAUCCAGACAGACUGCCGUACGUGAGGAGGAACGAAACGUUCAGGGAGGAGAGGGAGAGGGCCGACCUGCCUCCUGACGGCGUCGUGCUCUGCAACUUCAACCACCUCCACAAGACUAGUCGCGCCAUGUGGUCACUCUGGGCUCAGAUCCUCCUCAGGUGUCGAAGAGAACAGAGUAAGCAUCGCCAUGCGCUGGCGGAUGUCUUUCUGGACAACAACGAGUACAACGGGGGGACGACGGGGCUAGAUUCCUACUGGGCUGAUGUCCCUAUCAUCAGCGCUCCACAGGAGAAAUUCUCUGCAAGGUAUGGGGCCAGCUUCAACCGAGGUGCGAGGAUGGAAAUCUUGACAGCGCGAAAUGGGGAGGAUUAUGUGAAGAUAGCAAAGCUCAUCCGGGGGAUAAGAGAUCGUCUGGUGAAGGACAAGAACUCAACAGAUGGCGGCGAGUCAGAAAGUCAUAUCAUGGUCAACGACUGA